GCGACAUGUCGGGGGUGGCGGCGACAGCGAAAGGGCUCCCCCGGAACUGCCCCCCCGACCACGGAGCUUUCCAGGAUCGGAUGUGGCCGAUCCCAAAAGCGUCGCCGGGAUGGUGAGGGGGGUGCAGGAGCACUUUGGGGUUCCCCCCCGUGUCCUGGUGUCCUGUGCCGGGAUCACCCGCGACCGGAUGUUCCUGGAGAUGGGAGAGCGGGAAUUCCGGGAGGUGCUGGGGGUGAACCUGGAGGGGACGUUCCUGGUGACACAGGAGGUGACAAAGGCCUUGGUGACAUCGGGGGACCCCGGGGGGGCCUCCCUGGUCCUCGUGGGCAGCGUGGUGGCCAAGGUGGGGAAUUUGGGCCAAACCAACUACGGGGCCUCCAAGGGGGGGGUGGAGGGGCUGACCCGGAGCGUGGCCAAGGAGGUGGCCAGGUUUGGGAUCCGCUGCAAUUCCGUCCUGCCGGGAUUUAUCGUCACCCCCAUGACGGACAAAGUGCCCCCAAAAGUGCUGGACAAGUUCGCAGGGAUGGUGCCACUGGGACGACUGGGGGACCCUGAGGACGUGGCAGACGUGGUGGCUUUCCUGGCGUCGGGGGACAGCGGCUACGUCACCGGGGCCACCCUGGAGGUGACAGGGGGUCUCUUCAUGUGACGGAUCCAGCCCCUCCCCCCGAUGUCCCCCCAAUGGGGGGGAGGGGCAGACCUCAAAAUUUGGGGGGUUGGGAUGGGGGGGAGGCCCCGAGU